AAGGCGGAAGUAGUACUUUUUUAAGCUUCUCGGCGACUUAUACAGGUUAAAGGCAAGCAUGGGUGACUUGGAAAAAUGGCCAGAAAUAGAAAAAGUAGCUACAGAAAAGAGACGUGAGUUGGUCUUACAGGGUGCCGAUGUAGACAAGAGAAUUUCACCUGAAGGAGGACUUCCUUCUUCCAUCUAUUCCCUCUCACUGCUGAAUUAUCUCGAAGUUAGCCAGUGCCCAAGUUUGACAGAGAUUCCCGAGGACAUCCAGCGUCUCAUAAAUCUCCAGAGCCUCAUCGUGUGCAGAAACAAACUUACCAUUAUCCCCAGUGCCAUCGGCCGCCUGAAGUCUCUUAAAGUCCUGGACCUGUCAGUCAACAACCUGACGGUUUUACCGGACAGCAUCGUCCAGUUAGGAGAGCUAACCACCCUGAACGUAAGCUGCAACAAGCUAGAGGUGCUUCCGGACGACCUAAGUCAGUGCUCCAAGCUCUCCACCAUCAACAUCUCCAAGAACAACAACACUUUCUACUGUGAGCGAUUUGAACUUCUCAGCACCUUGAUUGCCUCUGACAACUGCAUCCAAGAGCUGAACGGUGACAUCUACAAGCUACCAGCUCUAAAGGUUCUUGAUCUCUCAAAUAACAAGCUCAGUGACAUCCCCUCUGGUCUUAGCAACUGCCCCAAGUUGAAGGAAAUCAAUUUCAAAGGCAACAAGCUGAAGGACAAACGUCUCGAGAAGAUGGUCAGUGGUUGCCAGACCAAGUCCAUCCUCGAUUAUCUCAGGGGAAAAGGACGUCAAGGAGAGGACGGGGGCGAUCAUGAUGGAGGACGAAAGGCUGACAAAAAGAAGAGGCUGCAGCAGAGGAGGAAGAAUGAGAAGACGGCAGAUGAAGCAGAUGAGGUGGAGGAGCUGAAUAAGAUGGUGGUGAGGGUUCUUCAUGUGUCAGAGGAUGCCACAGAACUGACUGUCAAAGUCACUGCAGAGGUAAAGGAGGUUCGUCCCUAUUUGGUGUGCUGCGUGGUCAGAGGCAUGAACCUAAAGUCUGGGAAUGCUCUCAAACGCUUCCUCAUGGCUCAGACAAAGCUUCAUGAUGAUAUGUGUGGAAAAAGGACCACUGCAACGAUCGCGACUCACGACUUGCAGCUUCUCAAAGGUCCUUUGACGUAUGAUGCCAAACCACCUACUCAGCUGAAGAUUGUGCCACUUGGACGGAAGGAGAUGACUGCUGUCGAACUGAUGAGACACCUUCACCUUGAAGCUGACGAACUUAGGAGGCAGAAGAAAAGGCAGAAUGUAACUGGCCUUCACAAAUACCUACAACUUUUGCAAGAAAAACCUCUCUAUCCCUGCCUUGUUGACGCAGAGGGACAUGUGAUCUCAUUUCCACCAGUUACCAAUAGUGAAAAAACCAAGAUAAAGAAAACAACCAAAGAGCUGUUUUUGGAGGUGACCAGUGCAACCAGCCUGCAGACCUGUAAAGAUGUUAUGGAUGCUCUAAUUGGAAAAAUGUCAGAGCUGAACAAGUUUACAGCAGAGCAUCAGGAGGAGGGUGGAUCAGACGGGGAAGGCGGGGUCCAAGCUGAGCCAGCAGCCGUUGGAGAGGCCACUAGUGAACUCACCGUCCUACAAGUUCGAACCUUCGACCAAGACGGAAACCUAAAGGUUGUCUACCCAUCAAAGACAGACCUCUGCAGUGAAAAAAGCAACGUGACCGUAGUAUGGUAGAAAUGCUGUGGGAGGAACCCUAAAACAUACGUAAUGUCCCUUAUUAUAUGAAAAACUGAAGACCGGCUUUUACAGCAUAUCUUUCAUAAACAUGCCAAAAGUGGACAUUCUGCCUAAUUAAAAAAAAUAAGAACCUAAACGCAACUCUCUCAUUUCACAUUACAACAAAGUAAAUAAUGCACAUUUACUAGAGCAAUAACCCUAAUAUACUAUUAAACAUUUGUAAAACUAACCUUGUUUAAAUAAAAGCAACCACAAUUAGAA